AUGAGAUUAAAUUUAUUAGAGAUCAAAAAAGUAGAAAAUUAUAUAACUCUACUUCAUUUCUUAUUAUUAUCUUGGGAUAUUGAACCAUCAGAUAUACAAGAUCCAGAGUAUUUUUCAAUAGGGCAUGAAGAAAUAUCAUAUAUCUAUAUGAUACAGAUGGAUAUUUACUGGGUUUCUAAAUCAUUACCUAUUCAACUAUUUUGUUUAACAACUCUACCUAUUAAUCAAGAAUUAUUUUUCUCAAAAUACAAUAUAUGUUCACCUGAUAAUUUUUAUUUUCUUCAAUUUGAUAUGAAAAUUGGUCUUUUGUUAGGAUUUGCACAGAUUUUCUAUAAUUUUAAAUCUGAUUUUGAAUUAGGCUACAAUAUCAUUUGGGCCAAAAAAGCAUUUCUUACUAAAAUCAAGAAUAUUCUUAAUAAUGUUUUAUUACGUUGUAGUCUUGAAGGCAAGAUUGAUCUUCCUCAUAUUCCUAGUAAUUCUUCUAACCUCAAAUUAAUGUUUAUUUAUGUAAAUGCAAUAAAAUUCAAAGACAACCAAUCAAAAUUAGAGGAUUUCACCACCUAA